ACGACUGGAGAUGUCUUACAUAGAAGUGUGGACUGUAUCAUAUUGUUUAUAUUUUAUGUUUAUAUUAUGUAAAAGCACACCUUGGGUUAGAGAAUAAUCAAAAACAUAUUUAUUUAUAGUCUCAGAAAUAACAAAAAUUAACUGCAGUAUUUCUAAAUAUUCAUCAUGAAAACAACAAGAGAGAGUAUUUAUAUAACUACUAUUUCAAUAAAAUAGUGUUUAUAAUGUCCCAGCAAAGUAAAAACAUUUGAUUGAACCCUGCAUUGUGGGUGUUUGCAAUAUACUUGCAUUCCUAUCAAAGGAAAUAUACCCCUUUGUGGACUGUGAAAAGUUAACCAAUAUUGAAAAUCAAUAUAAUCUAACCCUGCAUGGAUAUUGAGUGAAAUGUAUUAGUUCUAAAAUUAGCCCAGGUUUACACAGUUCAUUGGAUUUGAUUGAGUGUUGGUACAGUUUUAUUUCACACCUGAGAAAUGUGAGGAGAGAGGCUGAACUAGGAACAGAAGAAUUUAACUUCAACAUCUUUGAGUCUGCCUGGUCCAGUCACUCAGUAUUAGAACAGUUCAACAGAUUGUAACCAGCCAUAACAUUUCCCUGUCUGAUUUAAUUCUACAACAAAGGAGCAGUUCCGUAAAAGCACAGUUCCACAGAUUGCAACAAUAUAUGAACAGUUUGGUAGAUUACAACCUUCCAUAGCAGGUCGUGGUUUGGUCCAAUUGUACAGUAACAGAACAAUUCCACAGAUUGCAACCAGCCAUAACAACUCCCUGUUUGAUUCAAUUGUACAAUAUACGAACAGUCCUCAGAUUGCAGCCUGCCACAGGAGCUCCCCCGUUACAUCCAACAGACCACACAUAUCCUUGUUUAGCAGUUGACUACAGAAAUCCUGGAAAAGCUCCAAAGAAUCGACAAUGGAUACUUCACCUACUCGCCAGGACUCAUGCAAGAUGUUUGACACCAACCAAGAUGAUGUCAUCUAUUUAGAUCUGGACAGUGGAACACCAUGCAGGGUCAAUAAACACAAAACAUCAGACAGCAACAAUAACAAUCUAUGCAAAACCAUUGAUCAGAAUAACAACCAGCAUGGCAAAGGCAUGACUGACAUGAACAACACAUCUCCACUUAUUGACAGUGAUAAAGAGUUUCAUUCACCAGUCAAAAGUUAUUCAGUUAAUCCUGAACCAUCUGUUCAUAGUGGUCAUGAUAAAUCAGUGCUUCCACCUAUAGAAUCAUUCAUACCUUGUAAACCAACUUGGUUGUUUUCAGGACAAGCUAGUUUCACAAGUAAUGGUAAUAUCCAUAUGGGAGAUUCUAAUUAUUCAGAUAGUGUUAGUUAUAUUGGUGAUAAUAGAAGCUUUAUGUAUGAUACUUUAGCUGAUAGGAUUGAUACACCUCCAUCUGCCACACAAGGCAAUCAUCAUGAAGAUCUUCCGGGUAGCUUUGCACCUAUGGGCACAGAGUAUGAUGGUUUAAAUUCCUACAAGGAUGUGGAAGAUGGUAACCUUGUUAGGAUAUCUUCACCUGACCAACAUACUGUGGAUGAUGAAUUUACCUAUGCCCUUAAUGAAACAUUUAAGGAUUGUAGUGAAUCUGUUGGUAAAUACAGCUGCAACAGUAAUCAACAGAUGACAGAAAGUCCAAAUGACCAGGUACAUACAACCAUAAAGGGGAACAUUGAGUCUUCAAAGACUUCUAAGAAAUGCACUUCAGUUGAUACAUCCAUGACAAAUGUUUUGGACCAAACUCCAACACAAAUUUCUAUUGAUGAGUCAUGUACAGAAGUUCUGGAAAAAUCAAAAGGUCAAAGGGAUUGCACAACAGAAAGCGAUAAUGUUGAGAAUGUGCCUACAUGUGCUGUAGAUGAUAACUGCCUGAUAACUGAUGUUGAAUUGCCUGACACGCUGACCAAACAGACUCAAGAUCACUUAAGAUAUCAAGAGCAGUCCGUUGAUGCACCUAUGAUCAGUGUGCCAAUGAGUGCCAUUCCAAGCGAUGCCUCAAAGAACCAGCCAGGGCAUCAAGGAGAGACCGAAGCUACAUUGAAAGAUCCAUUUGUAAAAGGUAUGGCCACUGGAAAUGAUGUAAAGACCAAAUCAUCAUCAUGUUUGAUUGAACUACUUCUUAGUGAUGAAUCAACAACACAGAAAUCAACUGAAUCUAAAGCACCCCAGUCGCAAGCAAGAAGGGAAAAACCAAGCUUGGGGAAAACAUCAGUUAAAACAAUUAAGCGUAUAGUUAUGAACAAGACUCAAAGGAGAAAAAGGAAAAGUACUAUUGCAUCUUCAUCAUUUAACACACAUACAACUGAUAGUUUUCCACACACCAAUAGUGAGUUGCAGCAUAGUGGGUCUAAUACAGAGCAUGUAUCCAGCUUAGCCCAAGUACCACCAUUGGCAGCAACAUAUCCUUUAAGUGUUCCACCCCCACUGGGUUAUCAACCAUUAUGUUCACCCCUGUCCAUAAAAAUCCCAAAUUAUUCACAGGGAUGUCCUCUACUGUCAAGAGAGACUCCUCUUUCUUUGAGACAAUAUGAAAUGAGACAACCAAUUUUGUAUCCACAUAGAUAUCCAGAUGUUCUAAGACCACGCUUGUAUGGCACUUCAGGAGGAUACAUAUCUGAAGAAAAUAACAGAAAUAUCCCAGCUUCAUUAUCCACAAAGAGCCUUCCAAAUCCAUUUGUUUCUGAAGCAUCACCACUGUUGAAUAUACCCAGGCCAAGAUUCUUCCAAGAAACUGUUCCAAGAUUCACCAGGUCGUAUCCAAUGUAUGCCCCUUACCAAAUGCAGCCAACAGGUCAAAAUGGUGCAUUUCCAAUGUUGACUCCACAACCAAACAAUGUACAACAAUCAUUCAAUGGUAGGUAUGAAUCUCCUCUAUUUCCAAGUCCCAGUUUCUUCCCAAGGACACCAGUAUACAGUCCUUAUGGCACACCCAUAGGUGGGGCAAGAACUGACAGAGAAUACAGUUUAAGGUAUGGUAUGCCAAAUCCAUCAGCAGUUGACAGAUUGCCAUCUUAUAAACCUCCAUUUAUACCAGGAAUGUGGAGUCCUGUCUCGUCACUUGUAGAUGAUCAUAUACCUACACCUCCAAACAGAAAUGAUAAGCAUGCAUCUGCAUCAAAAGUCAAAGGUGCAAGAACUAGGAAUAGAAACAGAACAUAUGGAAUAAAGAAUGCAAAGAUGUUAAUGAAAGCUAUCAAGAAAGAGCCCAGCUAUGAAAUAGGACCUUAUGGAUCACUUAAAGGAGUCAGUAACCUGACAUCUCAAAAGUAUCUUUACAGCACUGAAAAUGGAACAUGUGCUCAAUACUCAGAUAUUUCACCCUCUAUAUUAUCCCCUGAUAAUGUCCCAAAGAAAGGUUCUUUGUUACGGGAUUUGCUGGAGACCCCAGGAAGCAGUCCAAUUGAGAACAUAGAUUCAUAUGACGAAACUCAGAGGGAUUUACAUCAGAAAACCCCAUCAUUUGAAGUAUUCAAGAAAAGAAAUGUUUCAAAAACUCUUGAAUCCCAAGAUAUAGAUAAAAAGGUAUCAGAGAUCCAAACAGACAUCACAGAUAGUUCUGUAUGUAUUGUAGACCAACUUAAAUCUGGAACAAAUUCCUGGCACCCUUGCAUAGGAUUAGAUAAUGACAAUACAGAAAUUCACAAAAGUGAAAAAACCCCAAAUAUUGGUAUUUCAGAUGUGGUGUUAAAAACACAGCAGUACUGCCCAAAUAGUCCAAUUGAAACCUCUAUGAAGGAUCAUGAUGAUGUUAUAGGGGUUGAUAGUGAUAUGGACAAUAGUGAAAUUAUUGUAAUUGAAGAAAGAAAAUGUCUUAAAGAUGAUGAAUUGAAUCACAAUAAGAAAGGUCUAUCUGUCAAAGACCUGGUGGAUCUAUGUACAGAGGAAUACACAAGAGAUUACUUGGAAAGCCAUACCAACACAAUAACUACAGCACAUGGUUCAACUUCAACCAUAACCACACACUCAAAGUCAUCAGGUCAGACCAAGCAAAAUGACAAUUCUGUACCUAUUUUCCGACCCUUUGACUCCCCAGUAAGAUCAAGUGAGGGCAGUUUUACAAGGCCAAAUUGCAUGACAACCAAAAGCUUGGACAGGGGAGUGGGUGUUCUAGAUCCUGCAGGUUUCACUUAUACUCCGAGGUUUCUGUCCUUUAAUGUUUGCCCGCAGCCCUCAGUAUAUGAUGGAGCAAUCCUACCUGUAGUAUAUGGCGAUUUACCAAAGCAUCAUGCAACUCCAAGGAUGUCAUUUGGACAUUUCCCUCCCUUGAGCCAGAGCACACCACUUGCUCACACAGGUCCUCCUAGAUCCCAUCCAGGGACUCCAUUAUCAAAUAUAUACAGAGGGAAUAUUAGCUCAAAUGCAGAGAAGCUACAGCAAGUGUACAGUUAUCCAGACCUUGACACUCCAUAUCUAAAUCAGUUAUCCAGAAAUACAGCUCAAAAAUCACCAAUACAGAACCAUUUGGAUUGUGAUGUGAGCCCAAUUGAGAUAAACCUUGAGCCAAAUCCUGUGUCACACAAAAAAAGAAAGAAGAGGCAUAUUUCUAAACGCCCGAAGACAAUAAGUCCUGCUCCAACAAAAGAAAUGAUGGAACUCAGCUCAGAAACAAUCAACUCACUUUUGAGGAAGAGGAUACGGCAGAAAAAGAAAGAAAAAGUUGUGAAUGUGAAUGGGCCUAACCACAAAGAUCAUGUAUUCAUUAAGCCUAAAACAACAAAUGUUGCCCCCUUGCCCACAUUCAGGCCAGUACUCUUUAUGGGUAACCCUCCCUGUAGUCCUGCUCUGACAAGAUGUUCACAGAGUAGCAUGGUACCACAAAUCCAACAGACAAAAAGUAUGCCAGCAUUGACAAGACCAAUUAUAAAUGUACCUGCUAUAUCACAGACAACAAACAAUCUAUCAGUGCCUCCACAUCCACCUAGAAUGCCAAUAUUGAGAAGUAACCUUCCGGUCUUUCCACAGUAUCCUGGCCUACCAAUCUUCUCACAGACACCUUGCAUGCCAAUGAUGUCACCUAUAAUUACCACUCCAAUGUUGUCAAGGACUACAAGCAUGCCAGAAGUGACACAGACUUCUAGCCUGCCCUUCUUUUCACAAAUGCCAGACAUGCCUAUGCUGUCCACAACACCUAACAUGUCAAUGGCUUCAAACAUGCCUAUGAUACCAAUGAUACCACAAGUGUCUCAAACUGCCACAAAUAUUCCAUUCUUACCUAGAUAUUCAAACACUCAGCAGGUACUGCUAACACAGCAGCAACCAAAUGGACAAUACUUGACACAUCAAUUGUUGGCAAAUUCAAUAUCUGAGGGGAAGACUUCCACGACUGCACUGGUGUCUUCUCAAAUUCCAGUCUGUACUCCUGUCACACGUGCGACAGACUUACAAUUUCACCCACAAAGAAAACAGUCACAUCUUGCAAACAUGACAGGGGCAGAUUCCAUUAUAAAUCUUAAACAGGUUCAGACUGAAAGUCAUAGUGCUUUAGAUUUAACCAACUCAUCUUUCAUCAAUAAUGAAUGGAUAGGGAAAGAUUCACUGAAUACACAUGAUGAUCCUAUUUCACAGGAAAAUGGUGUAAAGACACAACACAACAUGAGCAUGCAAAAUGCAGUGAGUGUUAUAGUAGGAACAACAGAUACUCCAUCUCAAAAAACAUUUGAAGGUCCAAGACCUCAUGAUUCACAUAAUAAUCCAAAGAAUGUUGUAGUUCAAAUUGAGGAUACUGAGACAGGUUCAUUAUAUGAACUAGUUGAUUCAAAUCUGGAAAAUGGUAACGGCUGUACAGAUGAUCCAUCAGAGUUACCUAGGUUCACUCAAAUUUGUGCAGGGACAGCUGCACAAGCUACUGGUAAAAUAGAAGACACCGUUGUUGGAAGUGGUGAGCAAUCAAAACCUGUAAGUGAAAUUAAUGUUAACUCAGAGUAUGAUGUCCCUGGACCAUCUAAUGAACCCCAAGUUAUAGAUGCAACAGAAUUAUAUUCUACCUCAGGUAGAACUAACCAUGAAACACAAUAUGCAAGCUCAUUUGGCGAGAAUAAGCUUAUGCUCUCAUCACAAAAUGAUAGUGUACCCGUCCUGAGUAAUAAUGAUUUUCAAAUGGCACCUCUGUUUGAGAAUAGAGAUGUAAUGCCAUACCCAGUUUUCCCAUCACCUUUCAAUGUUCCUGAAGAUACAUCAAAGUUGCUCAAUACACCUUCAUCAAGUUUUGCACAACAUUCUCUAAAUGAAUCAUUCACUCAACCAGUACUGAAUACUCCUAAUAGAGAGGACAGUUUGCUUUGGCAACCUUGGGGUCUCCAGAAUCUGCAUCAACAGACAAUUAAUCAUACUCCUGGUGCUUGUGGCUACUUUAGUGCUGGUACAUCUGAACCUAAAUCUACAAGAUCCAGAAAGAAAAAAACAGCUCAAGGUGGUGACAUAUUAUCAAAAUUAACAAGAGAUCUUGGUAUCGCACCAGGACCUGAGAAGAAAACUACGCCAACUAAAGCACAGGACUCGUGUCCUGGUAGCAAGAAAAAACAUCAUAACAACCGACCAUUGCCACAUGAUGCCCACGAAAUACUUAAUCAAUGGUUCACUACACAUAUUUUGAACCCUUACCCAUCCAAGGAGGAAAAGAUUAUGCUGGGAGAGGCAUGUGGACUUUCAAUUACACAGAUAAAUUCUUGGUUCGUCAACAAACGGAAUCGUACUAACAACACACGUCCAGUUAGACACAAGGCUUAUGUGUAUGAUAAAAUAAAUUCAGUGAAAACUAGACUUGCCAAAGAGCUAGAAGCAAAUGGAGGCAAGUUUGAAAAUGUGGACCUGUACAAUCAGAGGAAAAUUGUUGAAGAUGUUACAGAAACUGUUUCUCUGGUUCAAAAUUUCAUAUCAGUCGCGGAAACAUCUUUUCCUGACCAAAAAUUUUCAAUUUGUACUCCAUUAUCUCCAAUAAAAGAUGUGUUCUCUGAGAAAAAGGACCUUAUUUGAGUCUGAUAUAUUGGAGGAUGAUAUUUUCCUCAAUCUUGGAUUAAGAUGAUCCAAGAUAUUUUGUUAUUGGUAUUUGAAGAUCUGAAGGCCAAGAAUGGCCAAGAAUUAACUUGAUUGAAUAAUUUUUGUGAGCUUAGGUUUAUGAGGGGUUUAAAAGUGUUUCUCAUUAUCAUAGUGCUCGGUUUCUUAUUCAUAUAAGUACAUACCUGCAAGUUGUGUUUGAAGACUGUAUAUUCCAAGUUGUGCUGAAAAACAUUAUUUGACUGAGAAAUAUUAAAAUGAAUAAUGAAUGACAUAUUCCAUUAUAUUUCAGUUCAUACAUGAGGGGCAUGUACCCUCAGGAUAAACCCUAUAUAUCCAAAAGAAACUAUACAUAGCCUAACUGAAGGCUCUUGAGAAUUCUUAUGCAAGAUGCGAUUUUGAAAUCUCAAGUUUUGAAUUCUCUGUAGUUUAUUCACUGUGUUCAUUAAUGUCUGAUUAUUGUUCAUUUUCUCAACAUUUUCUCAGAUGAACAUUUUCAGCUGUAUAGAUGUCUCAAUGCAACACAAGAGUAGAUAGGAAUUGAAAUGAAAAUUCCAUGGAUCACCUCAUAUGUCCUUCUAUCCUUGGAUAUAAUGAGCUUUCUAUUCCGUACAUUUACUAGGGUGUUUUACCCCAAAUUCAUCCAAGAAUAAGAAACAUGUUCAUCUUUGUUAUAUUUCUCAAGCCAUUCAGGCUGCGUGAUAUAUAGCAAAAGAAAGAUGUGUUCCUCAACAGAAUGGAAUAUACAUAUUAUCAAAAAUAGUCUCUUUAUGUAGUUCAUAGAUAGUCUUGGUUUGCUCCGAUAUUACAAAAGGGGUGAAAGUGGUCUUAUAGUUAUAUUGAAAUAAUGUGUAUAAUUU